UUUGUUUCUUCUUCUUCUUCUUCUUCUUCUUCUCCACCUCCGUCUCUUGUUGAGCUCGUGUCUGAAGACACAACUUCCUGAAAAAUCGUGCCUGCAAGAAGUGAUGCUACUUUUCUUUUUUUUCUCCCCCCCCUCCCUCCACAACCAAGUGAGUGACGUCUCGCGAAGGAAAAGGGGGCUAAAAAAAAACUCGGCGCGCGGUGAAUCCCUCUCGCUGUGACUCAUUCAUUUUGUAUAAACGCGAACCGGUUGCGGUGACGGAAUAGAGAAGCCCCAUCUGACGGCUUUCAUUAGCUGGAUUCUCUCCUGCCUCCUGCACAGUGAAGGCACGUUAGAGCUCACAGACGCGGGUUUUUUUUUUAUCCCCCCCUUGAUUUUUUUUUUUCCUUUCUAUCCUUCAUCCUUCCACUGUGGAGAUGAUACGCACCACGGAGACACGGACACCACAGCCGUUCCUGUCCCUGCGCUCCCGUGGAGUUGGACUCGCAGAGGAGGAUGUCUCCCACUUCAGCCGGUCCUAACGUUUAAGUAUUUGGAUUUAUUGAAUUCAAAUUCCCUGCGUGUUAUUCGAUUAACUAGAAGAAUCUGUCAGUUUUCAGGAGAGGCUCUCUGUCUCUCUCUCUCUCUCUGUGUCUCAUCGCGCUUUGGAUUUUUGGAUAAAUUAGGCCACUUCAUCUGCAGCAGGUGCUUAUUUGUGUGUGCGUCUUUUUCCUUUUAUCUGCAUUUAUUUUUUGGUUUCUCAUGGAUUUCGGCUUCAUUUCUGCAAAGUGACUGAAUCAGUGUUCAACAAGCUGCUGGCAGCAGCGGCGGCAGCAGCAGCAGGAGGAGCAGUAGUCGGGAGAUGGGCGCAGUUUGCCUGAGCCAUCAUCCACCAUCAUCACCACCACCACACCACUGUCUCCUUUCUUCUUCUUCUUCUUCUUCUCCUUCUUCUCCUUCUCAGCUUGCUCUGUCUCCUCCGUGGUGACAAAGAAUGGAUUCUCAUUAACUAAGUUGUCUCUGCCUUGUCUUGGUUUCUUAUCAUUAACUGUCAAUAAUCCUCGGUACAAACUUCCCGUCAUGGCUCGUCCCGGGCUGCUCGGCUGUUUAUGGCGAGCUCUGUGGAUCAUGAGGACGGUGGUGGAUCGUGCGGCGCUGCCUCAGGAGACUUACGCGCCUCAUUCCAUUCGGACUGAGGGACACCUGACCCUCGGCGGACUUUUCCCGGUGCACUCGAGAGGGGUGGACGGCGCGCCGUGCGGGGACCUGAAGAAGGAGAACGGCAUCCAGAGGCUGGAAGCCAUGAUGUACGCGUUGGACCAGAUCAACCAGGACGAACAACUCUUGCCCAACAUCACGUUGGGCGCGCGGGUGCUGGACACUUGCUCGAGGGAUACUUACGCGCUGGAGCAGUCGCUGACUUUCGUGCAAGCGCUGAUCACGAAGGACACCUCCGACGUGAGGUGCACCAACGGGGAGCCGCCGGUGUUUGUCAAGCCCGAAAAAGUGGUGGGAGUCAUCGGAGCCUCGGCAAGUUCAGUAUCGAUCAUGGUCGCCAACAUCCUACGCCUCUUUCAGAUCCCGCAGAUCAGCUACGCGUCAACAGCUCCGGAGUUGAGCGACGACCGCCGCUAUGACUUCUUCUCGCGGGUGGUUCCUCCGGACUCCUUCCAGGCCCAGGCUAUGGUGGACAUCAUCCGAGCGAUGGGCUGGUCGUACGUCUCCACCAUCGCCUCAGAGGGCAGCUACGGAGAAAAGGGGAUCGAGGCUUUUACGCAACUCUCCAAAGAAGCAGGUGGAAUCUGCAUCGCCCAGUCUUUGAAAAUUCCACACAACCCCAAGCUGGAGGAUUACGACAAAGCCAUCCAACAACUGCUGGAAACGCAGCACUCGCGGGCAGUCGUCAUCUUCGCCAGUGAGGAAGACAUACGGGGAGUUCUCAAUGCCACCAAGAGGGCCAAUCAGGUGGGCCAUUUCCUCUGGAUUGGAUCUGACAGCUGGGGGGCCAAGAGCAGUGCGAUCCACCAGCUCGAAGACGUAGCAGUGGGAGCCAUCACUAUUCUGCCAAAACGCUCCUCCAUCAAAGGGUUUGACGAAUACUUUACUGCGCUCACCCUCGAGAACAAUCGCAGGAACGUUUGGUUUGCCGAGUUUUGGGAGGAAAACUUUGACUGCCGGCUCCUCAGCUCCUCCAAGAGAGAGGACACCAGCCGUAAAUGCACAGGCCAGGAGCGCAUUGGGAUCAACUCCAAGUAUGAGCAGGAAGGGAAGGUGCAGUUCGUGAUUGACGCAGUGUACGCCAUGGCCCACGCUCUCCACAACAUGCACAAGGACUUGUGUCCAGAUCAUCUCGGCAUUUGUCCACAGAUGGAGUCUGCAGACGGGAAGACUCUGCUCAAGUACAUACGAAACAGCAGCUUCAACGGCAGCGCCGGCACCUCUGUCAUGUUUAACAAGAACGGUGAUGCUCCUGGACGCUAUGACCUGUUCCAGUUUCAGAUGACCAAUUCCUCCAUGCCAGAGUAUAAGGUGGUUGGACAGUGGGUGGAAUCCCUUCAGCUCAGGCUGGAGGAGCUUCAGUGGCCAGAUGGGGAGCAGGAUGUGCCCAUUUCUGUGUGCAGUCUGCCCUGUAAAACUGGAGAGAGGAAGAAGAGGGUUAAAGGCAUGCCAUGCUGCUGGCACUGCGAGCUGUGUGAUGGCUACCAGUACCAGUAUGAUGAGACUUCCUGCAGACUGUGUGCCUAUAACAUGAGGCCCAACCCUAACAGAACCUCCUGCCAGCCCAUCCCUAUUGUCAAGCUGGAGUGGCACUCUCCCUGGGCGAUAAUCCCCGUCUUCCUGGCCAUGCUUGGUAUCAUUGCCACCAUCUUUGUCAUGGCUACCUUCGUACGCUACAAUGACACACCUAUCGUGCGGGCAUCGGGCCGAGAGCUGAGCUACGUGCUGCUCACAGGCAUCUUCCUGUGUUACAUCAUCACCUUCCUCAUGAUCGGCAAGCCUGACGUGGCGGUGUGCGCCUUCAGGAGGAUCUUCCUGGGCCUGGGCAUGUGCAUCAGCUACGCCGCGCUGCUCACCAAGACCAACCGCAUCUAUCGGAUCUUUGAGCAAGGGAAGCAGACGGUGACGGCGCCGCGUUUCAUCAGCCCCACCUCCCAGAUUGCCAUCACUUCUAGUCUGAUCUGCGUGCAGCUGCUGGGCGUGCUGGUGUGGUUCGCGGUGGACCCACCAAACACCAUCAUCGACUAUGACGAGCAGAAAACCAUCAACCCCAUGCUUGCCCGCGGUGUGCUGAAGUGCGACAUCACAGACCUGCAGAUCAUUUGUUCCCUGGGCUACAGCAUCCUGCUGAUGGUCACCUGCACCAUCUAUGCCAUCAAGACCAGGGACGUACCAGAAGACUUCAACGAAGCAAAGCCCAUUGGCUUCACUAUGUACACCACAUGCAUAGUCUGGCUGGCCUUCAUCCCAAUUUUCUUUGGCACAGCGCAGUCGGCAGAGAAGCUGUACAUUCAGACGACCACCCUGACCAUCUCCAUGAACCUCAGUGCCUCGGUAGCACUGGGCAUGCUCUACAUGCCCAAGGUGUACAUCAUUAUCUUCCACCCGGAGCUGAACGUACAGAAGAGGAAGCGUAGCUUCAAGGCCGUGGUCACAGCUGCCACUAUGUCAUCGCGUCUGUCCCAGAAACCCAGCGAAAGGCCCAAUGGAGAGGCUAAGACAGAGCUGUGUGAAAACCCCACUGCUGAUCCCAUGAGUCAAGCCACCAAGAAAACCUACGUGAGUUACAACAACCUCAGGAUCUGAUCUGCUCGCAAUUCGUCCUUUAUCUGUGAUUGAAAAGAGAAAAGGGAUGAGCGGUGGAACGGAGAGACACAGUGAGGGGGAGAGAGUGUGAGCAGGCGUCCCAGCACCUGCAGUACCUAUGCACUCCAGGACUGUGGAUAGCAUCCAACCCUUCAUCCAGACAUGAUACAUGAGUCCUGGCAGAAACGAGCACAGCUGUUGGCCAGAGUUACUGGGCCUCCAGAACCAAACUGUAGUUUUUACGCUUGUCUUGUGGCCCCCUUCUCUCUGACAGAGAACAACUUGCCUGCUUAAAGGGGGGCCACUGUGAAAAAGGACAGACGUUAGAAAAGUGGAGAAAAAAAAAAAUAUUUUCGUUUGAAAUGUCAUUAAAGCCAUAUUCUCUUGCAGUUCCCAUUAUCAGAUUUCUGUUUUGUAUUGUUUGUAUGUGAUUCAUUUUUUUCCGUGCCGCUCUC